CAAAUUUACAAUCAUUUGCAAGAUGACUUCGGUCAACUGGCAAUCAAAUUAAAGGAGGAGAUAGGACUGGGAGGGAGGACAUUUUCGUCAUUUGAGAUUCAAAUUUAUUAAUCUUGGUAGUACUACGGCUAGUUCCUAUAUAAUAUUGUCCGAUCCAUGUUGAGCGUGACCAGCCACAGGCCACAGCCAGCCUAGGAGGAGAGGAGAGCACAAGACGGCGAGAGAAGACAGAGAGGAGGAGAGAUGGGUAACAGCCUGAGGUGUUGCUUGGCCUGUGUUCUUCCCUGUGGAGCUCUAGACUUGAUCCGUAUCGUCCACUUGAACGGUCAUGUGGAAGAAAUCACCCAUCCAAUCUCCGCCGGUGAGGUGCUGAAGGCCAACCCCAACCACGUACUCAGCAAGCCUUCUUCUCAGGGUGUAGUUCGCCGGAUUCUAAUUCUCUCUCCCGAGUCCGAACUCAAAAGGGGUAGCAUUUAUUUCUUGAUUCCUUCUUCGUCCCUUCCAGAGAAGAAGAAAAACAACCGCAGCAAUAGCAAUAGCAAUCCCCACAGCCACAACAAGUCCUCCAAGAAGACGAAGAAGACUUCCAUCACCACCACAGCCACCCCGGCAGCCCCAGAUUGCGAACGCUAUCUAACUGAAAUUCUCUCUGAAAAGAAGUCUUCACGAAGAGAUCGCCGGAGCGGCCGUAUCAGGAUCUGGCGGCCUCAUCUCUCAAGUAUAUCCGAAGACUUGUAACAUUUUACGCUAACUCUUAACAUUUCUCGUUCUUCUUUUUUAACUCCUGGCCGGGAAGCAAACUCGAUCCGUCGAUCGUUUAACUCUUUAUAUAUUUUUUUUUCGGGGGGGGCAAUGGAUCAUUCGAUUACUGCAUCUGAACUCAUCAGUUGUGGAUAUAACGUGUACUCGUUUUUUUCUUUUCUUUUUGAAAAAAAAAAAAAUCCGGCUGCCGGGAAGAUAGGCAGAUUUGGAAAUUUCGUCCUCUAUGAGAGAUCACCUUGCCUUUGUUUA